AAGUUUUGUACAAUGGUAUUUGCAGUGAGUCAUGGCUACGUGUAUCUCGUUGAUGAAUGUCAGAAAGUUUUGUGAAUAAAUCGCUCAAAUAAUGUGGAGCAAGUUCAUUGACACAUUUGUACAUCGUAAUAGCCUCUCUUAGUAGUAAUUGUUCCUUUACUGGGAGCCAGUUAAGUUCGCGUAAACCCGGCGAAAUAUGGUCGAACUUUCCAAUAUUUGUUAUUAUCCUGCAUGCAAAAUUUUGUACCAACUGUAGUUUCUUAAUGUUGGUAGACGAAGUGUUUGACCAAACCGUUGAACAAUAGAACAUUUUGUUCAUUACAAGUGCCGAGACGAUGAGAGUUAAAGCUUCUUUAUCGAAACAUUUUUUGACUCGGUUUAUUUGGCACAGGGAAUUCAUACAUGAGGAAACCAGGUUGGUGAUGUGCUGGUCAUAUGUCAAAUAAGAGUCGAUUGUCAUUCCUAGAUCUUUGGCAAAGGAGACGGGGGUAAUAGUCUCGUUGAGGAAGUUUAUGGUCAUAUCUACGGGAAGUUGUUGUAGGUUUUGCCGUGUGCCAAUCAGCAUGUAUUUGGUCUUUCCCGGGUUAAUAAGCAAUUCAUUUUCGGAACAACUGUUUGCAAUCAAAUACAAGUCUUCCUCAAGUUGUUGCUUUAAACAGUCCACGUUAGCCACAGUGAAAGAUAGUAAUAUCUUGGAGUCGUCCACGUACGAUUCAAGUUUACUAUGGUGGACUGAUGAGGGCAAAUCGUUAGUAUAAAUACUAAAAAGUAAAGGUGAUAAAAUUGCACCCUGUGGUACACCAUAAAAAACAGGGAGAGGAGUAGACACAGUAGAUCCAAUUCUGACUGAUUGAGUUCUUCCGGUCAAGUAACUCUCAAACCAUUUUACAACGCUUGGAGAAGCCCCGACGUUGCUAAGUUUUGUAAGGAGAAAAGUAUGAUUUACACUGUCGAAAGCUUUAGAUAGAUUUAUUAGAAUCAGUGCAGUAACCAAUUUCCCAUCCAUGCCUUUAGGAUAGUAUCUCCGGUCAAAAGAUUCAAUGUUUCGCAUGAGUGAUGUUUCUUGUUCCCGCUCUGGUGGGUUGACAAUUUUUUGUUCUUCAUUAGAUACGAACCAAAUUGAUUCAAGGCGACUUUUUCACAAAUUUUCGAAAGAAAGGUAAGGAGAGAAAGUGGGCGGUUAUUUGAUGCUUCCUCGUGGUUUCCAUCCUUUAACAAAGGGAUAACUUCUGCCUCUUUCCAUGCUAUAGGGAACGAAGAUGACAACAGUGAACAGUUAAUGAUAUCGGUGAGGGGCCCAAGAAUUACCGGUAGGCUGUGUUUGAUGACACGCAUACUCACUUUGUCUUUGCCGGGUGAUUUGUUUGACGGCAUAGCUAAUAUGAUGUUCCUUAUUUCUGAACAAGAGACUGGGGUGAAACUAAAUCUAUCAUUUUCUUCAGGGUAGCUGUUAUCUGUGCGAUUUACGUCAGAAAGAUUCCGAGCUGGAUAAACACUAGGAUCUUGUAUUAGUGUUGAGGCUUUCUUUGCUGCAUUCACACCAAUGGUGGAAAAGAAAUGAUUAAACUCUUCGGCCACUAAUUUCGGUUCCUUACUGUAGACCACCGACUCUCUUUCCCUAUACGCUAUAUUUUCUUUAAUUACCUUCCAAAGUGACCCAGUAUUGUUUCUGUGUUGCUGAACUUCCUUCAGUACAUAUUCUUUCUGUGCAUUAACAAGUGCGGUUUUUGUAAAAUUGUGGGCCUCUCUGAAAUUAAGCCAAUCAUAAUGAUCACGUGUUUUCCUGAAAAGACUGUGGAGCUGGUCUCUUUUGAUCAUGGAUGCUUUUAUUUCCGGGGUGAUAAAUGGGCAAGAUUUUCCGCGUACUUUUAUGGUCUUUACUGGGGCGUGUUUAUCCAAUGUAUUUAAAAAUAUUUCAUUAAAAAUGGUUAGUUUUUCAUCACCAUUGUCCAUUCUGAAAAUGGAAACAAGACGAUCACGGUUGGAUGCCAGAUCGAUCGCGAACAAAUCAGGGUCGUAUUUAUUGUAGCUGCGGGUAGUGACAUAGUUUGGUGGAGAUUUGUCGGUUUUAAGUUUUAGUGAUACAUACACAGGGAAAUGAUCGCUGAUACAGGUUUCUAUGACGCCGCUGUUGACUACUAGUCUUGGCGAGGAUACGAAAAUAACGUCGACGAGGGUCUGACUGGAUUCAGUAAUUCUUGUUGGUGAUUUUAUUAACUGGUUAAGGUUGAGUUCUUUUGUCGUCUUGAUCAAAGACGCUGAUCCAGGUGUGGGCUUAAGCAUAUCGCAGUUUAGGUCUCCAAGAAGAAUGAUCAACUUUCCCAUCGUCAGAGCAUGAACAUAAUUAGGUUUAAAAUAUUUUUCGAAGCAGUCAAGCGGGCUGUCUGGGGGUCGAUAAGAGACACAGACCAACAGUGAUUUAGAUUUUUUGUGCUGUAAUUUGAUCCAUAAUUGAUGGAAAUUCGUCUCGGAGAUAUAACUGAGGUCUUUAAGUACAAGAGAUUUAAUAUCUUUUCGUAUGUAAGCACAUACCCCGCCCCCUUUCUUGUGCAGUCGGUCUAAACGAUGUAGCUUAUAACCUUCGAUUUCUAUUUCCUUGUUUGUGACGGAGGUAUUUAACCAUGUCUCUGAUACUGUAAGGACGUCAAUUUUGUUAAAUUUGGUAAACUUACGUAAUUCUAAAAAAUGGGCGUUAUUUUUCAGAGAGCGGAUGUUUAGGUGGACCAGUUUGAGACCUGGAAGGGUACUGAGGCUGUUAUCUGACUUUUUUGUUAAAUGGGCUGAGGCCGUAUCAUUAGUGGUUUUCGACGUGAGUGACCACGAGAGUGCGGAAGCGUUUGGAGAGGCAGGGUUGGACAAAGGAACACGAACAAGAUUUCUAUUUUGCAAGUUAUUGUUAACACUAGAAGAAUUAUUAAUGUUAGUUGAUAUGAUAGUCUAUAACGGUUUAAACUGAUCACAACACCUAGACAUAUUAUAGUUAUAAGCAAUAAUUGCAGAAAUUGUUAUUUAUUUUGUUAGAAAUGGAUCAUAUAGAAAUUGGAAGAGAAGGGACUGGGGAUGAGUGUGUUGCUAUAACAACCAUAUAAACAAACCAAAUUGUUCACUUCGUUGCGCCCACUUUGUGUGCAAAGUUUCACUGAAUUUUAUUAAAUACUCAGCAAGAUAUCAGAUUUUCUUGUUAUUGCCACUAUUUCGAGUCCAACUAAUGACGUCACAACUCAAAAUAUAGAAAGUGCGAUAACUUGGGAAUGAGAUGAGAUACGAAUAAACUGUAAAGGUCAUUCUUCAUCAUUUGAGCAGUAUCCUUUAACAAAACAAUAAAAAAUGAGGCAAACAUUUCGUUUCAUAGGCACUUUAAGUUUUAACUUCUUUAUGAGCGAUUCUCUUCUAGCAGCAGGAAAGCCUUUCCGGGAGUAAUUUUCGAAAUCUAUUUGUUGAAUAAAGUGGUGUUGGUGCAUAUUUUUGGAGGCGGACCUGUAUAUGGCUUGUACAAAACAACCUGAUGUUGUCAUCUCCCCAAAAUUUAGUUCAGGCUACCCUAUCUAGGCAAGACAGCUACAACAGAACCCCUCGUGAAAUUUAUAAUUACAUUGAUAAAACAAAAGGGACCAAUUGGCAACUUGCACUAAGAGGUCACCUGAACAUAAUCCUCUUGAAAUAGUAGGUAUGGAAUUACAAAUGUACAAUGAACAUACAGAGUGAUUUCUUACACGUUUAGGGCCGGGCGUUUACAUUGUACAGGAGGGGACGCUUUCUAGAGGGCCGUUUAGUGGAGGUUAUGUUUUAUUUUACAUAGUGCUAAAUCUUGUUUUAACUUUAUUUUGUCUAGAAGAGAAAGAAUAUAGGCGUGCAUAUUCGCAAGCUCUCCAAGAAGGUAAAGCAAAAAAUAAUCGAAUUCCGAUUAUGCUGGUCGGGCAAGACCGAGGCGGAAAGACGUCGCUGAUGAGACGUCUUUUGGGAUUACCAUUCAACAAAUAUCAACCCAGUACCACUGGCAUUGACGUUAAUGUUAUCGAGCUAUCAGAACAAAAUGCGGAAGAUCCCUGGAUCAAAAAAGAAGUGAAGAAGUUUAUGACCAGUGAAAGUGAGGCAAGGGCUGCGUUAUACAAAAAAACUGUCGAGUACCUUGAUAGAGGAGAUCCGAUGAUUUUAGAAGACAGUGAUAAUGACUUUGACAUUGAUAGUGACAUUGAUAGUGACGUUGACAUUGAUAGUAUCCUUGACAUUCAUAGUGGAGUUCAGGGGUAUUUUGAAGGGGAUGCGCCAGAACCAGUGAAGCCAGCGAAGAGAAGAAAAUUAUUAAGUGAAGAAAUUUCAGAAAUCAAAUCGCAGGCUAAAAAUAUUUUGACCACUGAACACGACCAGAAAGAAGUUCUUCGGGUAUUUGUAAGUGACUUUGCUGGACAGUCAAUCUAUUACGAUACCCAUGGCCGCUUUGUGAAACCGCAUUGUCCUUACGUUUUGGUUCACGACCUUUCUCUGGAGUUUGAUAAACCCGCCGUUCCCAGGUUUAAAACAAGUGAGGAAGAGGAAGAGAUAGAAAUGAAGAAUCCUCAUCUUAAUACCAAUUUAGAUAAUUUUUCAUCAUGGCUGAAGUUUUUGCAAGGUUUAGGAGAAUGUCAAGAUCAACAGUUUCCUGAUAAAUCUGGUCACUGUACCACUGCAAAAGGUGAGAACUUUAAACUGCCACCAAUUUUAAUAGCCUUAACUCACAAUGAUAAGGUGAAAGGCAACGACAGCAAAUUAGAUUGCGUACAAAAGAGAAUCAACAAGGUCUUGUAUGAAGGAAAAUAUGAGAUUGUCGUCCCAGAGUUUUUCCGGAUCGACAAUACAUUGGAAAGCGACGAUGGAGAUGACAUGCGAAAACUUCGUAGAAAGCUUUUUGACCUCUCGAAUGCAGUCCUUGACCAGGAGAUUUUAAUGCCUGUGAAGUGGCUAGAUUUUGAAGCUGCUCUAAGCCAGAAGCUAUCACCAGAUUGCAAGUAUAUCCCAGUUGACGAAGCUAAGCGGGAAGCGGAGGCCUGUGACGUUCAGGAGUUUGAUCAAGCUAUCAAAUUUCUACACCGUCAAGGUGUGGUCGUACACCACAGUGGAUCCAGCAAGGUUGUAUUGGAUCCUCACUGGCUAAUGAAUCGCUUUACGAAAGUGAUCUCCAUGCCUGUCAAAUUGGAUGCAUUGUCCAGGCACGCUCUUGAUGUGUUCAAGCAGAAGGGCAUUUUGUUUCGAGAAUACCUUCAGAAGCUGGAAGACGCAGAACUUUUAGAAGAGCUUAUGCAAAUGUUUAAUUUGAUAUGUCCUUGCCUUCACGAUGGAAAGGCAGCUUUUUAUGUCCCUUCAGUUGCCCCAGCUAUGAAACCAGGAAAAGAGUUGGAAGCUAGCAAUGUUCCAUCGCUGUUUGUGACAUUUUCUCGCGAACUUGUACCGAUGGGCCUGUUUACGAAGCUUCAAGUGAGGUUAAUUUCUGAGUGGGAAAGCGCUUCCCCAAUCAACAAGCCACGCCCUCCUUUUAUUGAAACUACUCCUUGCUUCCGCUUAUUAUAGACGGCGACGUGUAUGAUGUUUAUUUAAUCGACUCCCACGAGGUUAUUAAGGUUGUCGUUUUUCCAAAACAGGAUGGCAACCAUUUCAAGUUUGCCAGUCAUCUCUUUGCCACUCUGAAAAAGUGUUUGGACGACCUUAAAUCUUCAGACCAACUAUUAUUCAGCAUGACGAGCUAG